AUGAGGAUCACUUUAUGCCAAGGUGUGUUGACCGGGGCCAUAGUCCUCAACCUCCUCAUCCUCUACUAUGUUUCCCGAGCCCAGCAGCAAAUGAUGGAGAGGAGGAAAGAGCACGGUAGGGCCUCCAAGAGGACUGCCCUACCUGUCUCCGCUCUAGGGGGAGGCAUGGCAGGACCCGUCAGGCCUGGCAGUGAGCCCGUAGCAGUUGUGGCUGGGUCAAGUAAUCGUAGUCCGCGCGUGACUGUGCUCCUUCGGGAGUUUGAAAACUUUGAGAACUACGUCGGGGAUGUCGCCAAUUCCUUCCUCAGACAAAGACCUGAGCUUCCUUUCCUGGUCGUGGCCGACACACCUCCAUACCCACCUCUGGUGCUUCCUGACGGCUCUCGCCUCCUGGUGCUCAAUCCAAGCCCAGACCAGCCGCCGCAAGCACACAGGCCAGAGUUUCACGUCCAAACAGAGUUUGUUCUUCUCGUUCCGGACGGCGUGGAGCUGGAGCCGCCCCGAGCUAUGGAGAGAUUGAUUAAAGAGCUGGAAGGUGAGGGCGGCGGUCCAGUGAGGCUUGUGGCUUCACCCGUACUGGUUCGAUCUGCCGUGCAGUGUCUCCACUUGCGGGUGAACCUCCGCGAGUGGACUGCCACUUAUUCUACGGCCAUGUCCGGGAGUAGCGGCAGCGUGUGCACGGCAUUGCAAGGCGAUGCCGUGGUGCUCAUCCGUGCAGAGGAUCUAUUCAAUCUCUCUGUACCGCUGGGCCGCCCCCUUUUUUCCUCACUCUUCAUCCAGACCACACUAAGGGGCUGGAAGGUGAAACUCCUGGAGAGUCCGUGUUUCUCUGCCAAUCACCGGCCCCUCUUCAGCUCUGCUCACAACCAGUGGAAGGCUGACACCCGACUGAAGGAGUCCACGGGGAAGCUGAUGAGGAGCUUCGGUCUGAAGCGUCUUCUGCUACCCGAUGGAAAAGAACAGUGGCACGGCUGCAGCAAGGAGACACCUCGCUGCUUCGGCACAGUGCAGGACGAUACGCCGGACUACCUCUAUCUGGAUCGCUGGACACCACCGUGUUGUCUGCGCGCACUCAGAGAAACUGCCAAAUACGUCAUCAACAUCCUAGAGAGUUCCGGGGUGCGCUACUGGCUGGAAGGUGGGACUUUGCUAGGCGCCGUCCGUCACCAGGACAUCAUCCCAUGGGAUUACGACAUAGACCUGGGAAUCUACCUGGAGGAUGUACCAAACUGCGAUCACUUGAAGAACCUAGACUCGGGCUCGCUUGUGGACGCUAACGGAUAUGUGUGGGAACGUGCGGUGGAAGGCGACUUCUACAGGGUGCAGUACAGCGAGGCCAACCACCUGCAUGUGGAUCUAUGGCCCUUCUACUCCCGCAACGGGGUCAUGACCAAAGACACGUGGACAGAGCACAAGCAGGACGUGGAGUUUCCCGAACACUUCCUCCAGCCGCUCGUGCCCAUGCUCUUCGCAGGCAUCAAUGCCUACGGUCCGAAUAACCACCGCUCAUUCUUGGAACUCAAAUUCGGUGAAGGGGUUGUGGAGAACCCCCAAUAUCCAAACCCUGCUAAGAAAAGAUUGGACCGUGCCAAAUUAUGA